AUGAAUCAAUACGAAAGAGUAAUAAAAGAUUCUUGGGUAAUGAUAAUGAUUACACUUUUAAUAAUGUUUUAAAGUAUAUUUGGAAAUGGAUCCUUAAUUAUAACCUUAACUAUUGUGGCUGUUUAGAUAUUGAGAAUAAUAUUGGGCUUAAUUUCCUAAAUAAAGUAAUACUCAAUUCAUUUUGAAAUGCUACAACAAUGGACAUUACUUUUUGCUUUAUAUUCAAGCUCACAAUUCAAUGGCAUGACAAUAUUGGCUUUAUGCAGCUUGAAAGAGUUCUUUUUUAGCAAAAUAAAUGCUUGCUUGCCUUCCCUUAACAAACUAUAAAUAACUCAAAAAAUAGUAUCUGAUCUCAUUGUAUUUACGAUAAUCUUAUUGGAAGAUUACAAUUCAUUUUACUUGUCAAUCAUAGCAAUUAUUAUACAUUGGUUACUUUUAUAUCAUUAUUCAAAAUCUAAAAUAAUUAGAAGAAACAUAGACAGUUCUACUUAGUAAGAAAUGCACGAUAAGAUUAUGAUUGACAGUGCAGGCAACACUUAGAAUCAUUCACGUUUAAAACUUCAAGAAAGACCUAGUAAUCAGGAGAGUCCGAGACAUGAGAGAGACAACAAAUUGGAAAUCUUAAGCAUAUUUCCCUUAGGAAUAGGAUUAAUAAAAAUAUCAGACAAAAAGAUAGAGUUAGAGUAUCAUAAUGAAAAUUUAUUAAAAUUAUCAAUGGCCCGACAAUCAGAUUAGAUUCUACCCUCCUUGUUUUGUCUAGAACAAUAAUCUAUCUAAGCAGAUUAGGAGAAAUAGCAAAUUGACUACAAGAAUUCCAUAAGCUCAUUUUCCACUUUUCAACAAACUCCGAUCCCUUGUAAUUUAAUAAACUAAACGUUUCGAAAUGAAAAGAGAUCUCAAACUAAUAAGUUGUAGAGUUCUCAAAAAUUGGAGUUAAGUAGACAAAAUUCAGUUCUCAGUAAUGUUGAAUACAAGGGAGUAAUCUUGAAGAAAUGCGAUACUUUAGAGGAAUCGAUUUUGGAAUAGGAACUAAAUCUAAUAUCCUCUUAAAUGAGAAGAGUGGAUUUCUAAAAUUAAAUGAAAAACUAAAAUGAAUUGAUCCAAGAACAUGUAGUAAUUUUGGGAUAUUAAAAAGGUUUAGAUGGAAAGAAGAGUAGAACUAUUGAAGUCAAAUUGUACAAUGCUUUAAUCAUUGAUGUUCCUUACAUUUUGAUGCUCAUUAGAGAUAUUACUCAUAGAGAUUACAUAUAGCAAUUGCGUGACUAUAGUAAACAGAAAUCGAAGACUUUAUCUUUUGUCAGCCAUGAAUAUAGAACCCCAUUGAAUUGCAUUAUUGACAUGUUGGAAUAAGGAGUUGAUGAUGAUCAGAAAUAUUCAUCCUACACUAUGAUUAUGGAAAAAGAAGUACGCAGAUCUCCGAAGACUAAUCUUCCCAUUAAAAUGGCCAAAAAAAUUAAGAUUGCCUUGGAUCAUGCAAAAUACCUAUAGAAUCUAAGUGAUGAUCUCUUGGAUUUGGCAUAGAUGAAAGUCGGCAAAUUUAAGAUCAAUAAAGCCAAAUUCAAUUUUAAUCAAUUGUUAGAAACCUGUGUAGAUUUAUUUCAAGUGAUAGCAGAAAAGAAACAGAUCAAAUUGUAUAUCAAUUACGAAAGCAAAGCUCCGAGAAUGGUAUAUUCUGAUUCUAGUCGAUUAAAACAAAUAAUGAUCAAUUUGCUGGGGAAUGCAUUUAAAUUUACUGAUGAAGGUUCAGUGACAAUAAAGGUGGCUCAGAUUAAUAUGAGAUUGGAAGUGUCAGUAGUUGAUACUGGGAUUGGAAUGACUGAGGAAGAUCAACUAAGAAUAUUCUAAGCAUUUGGGAAGGGGAAUAGUGAAGAACAUAAAAAAAUGAAUAAAUCAGGAGUUGGAUUAGGAUUGUUGAUUAGUAAUUAAAUUUUACAAAAUUUGAAUCAGGACUUAUAAAAUGGAUUAAAAUUCAAAUCUUAAUUUAAAAAAGGGUCUACAUUCUAUUUUCAGAUUCAAUAUCAAGAUAUAAAUGAGAUUAAGUCAUUGAAUAGUUUGGAGGAGCGAAAUCAAGAUAGUGAGGAGUCCAUCAUUAUGUAAUAAUAGCAGGAGGAGUCCAUUCACAAAGUAUAUGUGAAUAAUUAAGCUUCAAUCUUUAAAAGAUCUACAAAAGCAAUAAUGAUUACUUAGAUUAUGAUAGUGGACGAUGUUUGUAUGAACAUUGAUAUGUUGAAAAGGAGACUAGCAUAACUUGGCUAAGAUCAAAUUGAUUCAGUUACAAAUGGGUAUUUGGCAAUUGAAAAAUGUCAGAAGAAAUGGUAAGCAAAUUAGGAUUACUACACAUUGAUAUUUAUGGAUUUAGAGAUGCCAACUAUCAAUGGACUUUAGACAACUAGAAAGAUCUUAGAAUUAUCUCAAAAGUAUGGUAUUGAUGUGAAUAUAAUUGGAUGUUCUGCAUAUGAAAGUUCUGAGUAAAAACUAGAAUGUCUCAAUGCAGGAAUGAAGGAUUACAUCACUAAACCUAUUCAAUUACAAGAUCUCUAAAGAAUUAUUUAGUUGUAUUUAUGAACUUUUUUUAAAGACAUUAUUUAUUC